UUACCUAAGGGAAGACACGUAGGAUGCCACGUCAUCAUACAUUACUCCUCUUUGCCUUAAAUUUGAUAGGCGCCGACAUUAACUCCUCAAUGCCCGCUCUGUGUCUCUGUCUCAGCUAAUUCGGACAGCAUAGAAAGAAAAGGCAAAAGAAAGCAGCGGCAGCAGCACAAGAAGAAGAAGAAGAAGAGGAUGACAAUGAGCUGAGAUGAGGUCUGUUUUGGAAGUCAGAGUUUUCUAACUGUAACAAAAAAAAAAGAAAAAGCCUUAAAGACCCAAAGAUCAAAUUCCCUUCCCCUCCCUUAUUUCCUUCUUCCAGUUUGAUUUCUCAAUUCUCAAAAACUUCAACCAUAACUACUACUACUACUACUACUACUACUCAAGACCUCAACAUUUUUAACUCUUCAAACACUCUUUCUUUCUUUCUUUCUUGCUUGCUUGUUUUCUUACCUACAAAUUUUCUACGCUUUAUUUUCUUCACAUUUUGGCUUUCCUUUUGAUCUAAGGACUGUGGGAGAUUUUUCUUUACUGCAAGCACAAUACCAGUGCCUAUUUGAUAAUUGACUGCUGCAGAAGUAAUGUUAGACGUCUGAUCAUAGUUGAUUACAUCUACAUAUCUGGAGCAAUAUGGCCAGUGGAGCAACUCCUAAAGUUCGAUUAGUUAGAUGUCCUAAAUGUCGAUUGGUUCUUCCAGAAGUGGCAGAUUUUCCUGUAUACAAAUGUGGAGGAUGUGAUGCGAUUCUUGUAGCUAAAAAUCAAAAAGCCAUUGUCAAAAGCACAUCCCUCUUGCAAGAAACAAAAGUUGCUUAUGCAGAUAAAUUGGUUCACAUGUCUGAAUAUGAAGAAUCUGGCAGCUCAACUCCACAGGAAGCUCUUCCUUCCCCUCCAGAGUAUCACUUGAGUCAAGAAAGUGGAGGAAAUCAGAACAUAUCUUGUGAGUCUCAAAGUGAAAAGCAUAAUGAGAACUUAUCAAUUGAAGGGCAACAUAUUGAUCAAAAUACAUCCAGUGCUAUUGAUAAUAAUUGUGAUAAGCAUGAUGGAAAUAGAUCAAAUGAAGGGCCGCAAAAUGGAAGUGGACUGUUACAAUUGGAAUCUUUAGAAUAUUGCAAUGUUCAACAGUCAGGAGUUUCCAUUGGAGGUUCGUUAUCCACUGAACUUCAUCAUGAGAAUGAAGAGUUAAUGUUAGUAGAAGAAGCAAAUUUAGAAGCAGAGGCAAAUGACAAUUCCUCGCAGUUAGAAGGUGCAUAUUCAGAAUUAGAGACUAAUAACAAGAUUGAUUCCAACAUUGGAGGCCCAAGCAUUGAAUACCCACCAGCUACAAGAGAAAUUAAUUUAACUGUUACUGCUUGUGCUGCAGCAGGGGAAGUCCUUUCAUCAUAUAAUGUUUUCUCUUCUCCUAAUGAGCAUCUAGAGCAAUCUCAGAAAAGUGAACAUCAAGGGUUUGACCGUGAGUCUACAGAUUCUUUUGAAACUGCCGAUUUUGUCAGCCCUAGAUCAGAGCUUAGUGGUCCUCUUGAAUAUUUGUCUAAAUCCACUACCACCAGAAGCUCUCAUGCUUAUGAUGGAAGUAUCUCUUCUUAUGAUGGAAUGGACGAUCACUUCCCUGACCAGCAAAUACAUUUAUUGAAAAAUAACUUUAAGGCUGCUAACUAUCUUGUUCCUGAAGAAAGGCACAGAAGGGACACAUUGCCAGGCAAAGGUACGAUGAAUGGUAAUUCUGGAAUGCAAGAUCAUGCAAGAAAUCUCUCAUCAGAUUUAUCCAAUACGAAGCAUUAUGCCACAGCAAAAUACAGCAAGUGGCAUCGAGAUGAAGCACUAGAACCUGUAAUGCGUCACCAUCCACCUAGAAACUGGCCAAGACUAGAGAGAGAUGAAUAUCCAUCUCAAAUUCCUUUCUCUCAAAGGGCUUCCUUGCGUGGGAAUGAAAGUGCGGGCCCUUCACAUGAAUUGCAUGAUGAGUUCCCUUUCGAUUCAGCCUUCCAUCCACUUGAGAAGGCUGAGUACAGUGAACAAGAAAAUAUGAAACUGUUUAGAAUGGUGUAUGAACUGCAGGAUCAAAUUAGCAAAACAUGCCAUGUGAAUGGAAAGCCCAGUGGAAGGACUGCCACCGAUGUACCUUGGAGGCAAAAGCAUUUUCCUUCAUAUUACUAUCAGGAGCGAUCUGAGGAAGAAAAUUUUUAUCCUAGGUAUCACGGAAGACAUGGACAUAGGAGCAGCUGGAGCCAGCAAAGUAGAUUCUUGCCUAUGCCUGUCUCAGGAGGUGCAAUAAAGACUAGACAUGACAUUGACAAUUCCUGCUUAUGCUGCCAUCCUCAAGCCUGGCAGCAUUCAGAACAGUUGCCUCCACCCAUCCGUCGACAUAACCGAGGAUUUUGUAGAGCCCACCGUGAUCAUAGUUGCUAUAAUUCCUACGGCUCUUGCUUCUCUAGUCCCCAAAGAUAUUUGGAGUCGGAUUUUUCUAUUUGGAGCCAUGAAACUAAAUCUGACGACAAGAGGUAUAGAGAUCACGAGGUGAAGAGGUAUUUGCGGGAGAAACAUAAUUCAGUUAGGCGACAUCUGCGGCCUACAGCAGGUGGAGCACCUUUUGUAACUUGUUAUCAUUGCUUCAGACCGUUGCAGUUACCUGCAGAUUUUCUACUUUUUAAAAGGAGGUUCCAUCAACUAAGAUGUGGUGCUUGUUCAAAGGUACUUAAGUUUUCACUUCAAAAAGGAAUUCAUAUAGUUCCUUAUGAACUGGUUGCUGCAGAACCUCCACCAAGUGAGGUUGAGGAAUGAAGUGAUGCAGUUAAUGUAAAAAU